UGAAGACCAGACUGGAGACCCUUCUGGACCUGAGACUGAUGACAGUGCUGAUUGGAAGGAGACCAGAAAACCUCAGUCAGCUUUAAACUCUCUGAAACAUGAUUCAACAUGUAAGAAAACAUUCAGCUGCUCUGAGUGUGGGAGAAGAUUUGGCCGCAACUAUAGUCUGAUGCUACACAUGAGAACUCAUACAGGAGAAAAACCUUUCAGCUGCUCAAUUUGUGAUAAAAGAUUUCGCUACAAGUCAGAUCUGAAGCAACACAUGAUAAUUCACACAGGAGAAAAACCUUUCAGCUGCCCAGUCUGUAAGAAAUUGUUCACACAUAUUGCUAAUUUACGCUCACACAUGACAGUCCACACGGGGGAAAAACGAUUUAGCUGCAGUGUUUGUGACGAGACAUUUCAGUGGCGUAAUCAGGUCAAAAGACAUAAAUGUGUCGGUCGUCAGUCGUCACAGCUUCAUCAGAAUCAAACGGAGGAGAAGAGAGAGGCAGAGCCUCCAGCCAGCAGAGAAACUCAACACAUGGAAACAGAAUCUGAUGGAGAGGACUGUGGAGGACCAGAACCAGCCAGGAACUCACAUCUACAUCCACUUUUACAACCAGAGACUGAAGACCAGACCAGAGACUCUUCUGAACCUGAGACUGGUGACAGUGCUGAUUGGAAGGAGACCAGAGAACCUCAGUCAGCUCUAAACUCUCUGAAACAUGAAUCAAGAUGUAUUGUUGAGCAGCUGUUGGAGGUUAAAGAAGAGGUUCCCCCUGAGCAGCAGGAGUGUAGCUCCAGUGUGGACCAGCAGGAGCCAGAGCCCCCCCCACACAUUAAAGAGGAACAGGAGGAACUGUGUAUCAGUCAGGAGGGAGAGCAGCUUCAAGGGCUGGAGGAGGCUGAUAUCACCAAGUUCCCAUUCACUCCUGUCCCUGUGAAGAGUGAAGAUGAUGAAGAGGAAGCUCAGUCCUCACAGCUUCAUCAGAGACCUGCAGCGUUUGUGACCAAAGUUUCACCUGGUACAAACAGCUCAGGAACCAUCAGUGUGUCGGCCGUCAGAGUCAAACUGAGGAGAACAGAGAGGCAGCUGAAGACACGGAAGCAGAAGCUGAUGGAGAGGACUGUGGAGAGACUGAAGACAAGUCUGUAUCUGUCGGUAGUAUGA